AUGGCAGGGAACUGCUCCUGGGAGCCAUACUCCACUGGCAGGAACAAGGUAUGUCCUGGCAUGAGUGAGGCCCCGGAGCUCUACAGCCGAGGCUUCCUGACCAUCGAGCAGAUUGCACCGCUGCCGCCCCCAGCCAUCAUGAACUACAUCUUCCUGCUUCUCUGCCUGUGCGGCCUGGUGGGCAACGGGCUGGUGCUCUGGUUCUUCGGCUUCUCCAUCAAAAGCAGCCCCUUCUCCAUCUACUUCCUGCACCUGGCCGGCGCCGACGUGGGCUACCUCCUCAGCAAGGCCGUGCUCUCCACCCUCAACAUGGGGGGCUUCCUGGGCGCCUUUGCCGACUACGUCCGUGCCGUGUGCAGGAUCCUGGGGCUCUGUGCCUUCCUCGCUGGGGUGAGCCUCCUGCCGGCCAUCAGCGUGGAGCGCUGCCUGUCCGUCAUCUUCCCCGCCUGGUACUGGCGCCGGCGGCCCAAGCGCCUGUCAGCCGUGGUGGCCGCCCUGCUCUGGAUCCUGUCACUCCUGGUCACCAGCAUCCACAACUACUUCUGCGUGUUCCUGGGCCAAGAGGCCUCGGAGGCCUGCGUGCGCGUGGACAUCUUCCUGGGCAUCCUGGUCUUCCUGGUCUGCUGCCCGCUCAUGGUGCUUCCCUGCCUGGCCCUCGUCCUGCACGUGGAGUGCCGGGCACGGCGGCGCCAGCGCUCCGCCAAGCUCAACCACGUCAUCCUGGCUGUCGUGGCUGUGUUCCUGGUGUCCUCCAUCUACCUGGGCAUCGACUGGUUCCUCUCCUGGGUCUUCCAGAUCCCGGCGCCCUUCCCCGAGUACGUCACUGACCUGUGUGUUUGCAUCAACAGCAGCUCCAAGCCGGUCGUCUACUUCCUGGCCGGGAGGGACAGGUCGCAGCGGCUGUGGGAGCCGCUUAGGGUGGUCUUCCAGCGGGCCCUGCGAGACGGGGUGGAGCUGGGCGAGGCCGGGGGUGGCACACCCAACACCGUCACCAUGGAGAUGCAGGCCCCCGCUGGGUACCCCUCUUGA